GAAGAGUCGUUUGAGGAACUAGCCAGACAGUACAAGAAGUUCACCAAUGCUCCCAAGUUUGAUCUCAACAGCGAAGAGCUCUUUUGCAUAUGUAGAAAGCCAGACAAUGGGGAAUUGAUGGUCUUGUGUGAUGGCUGUGACGAAUGGUACCACUUCAAGUGUAUGAACCUAAAGAAGGAGAACUCUGGUUUAAUAGCCAAGUUCUUCUGUAAAUUUUGUCAAUGGAAAGGUACUGGAUUUACAUUAUGGAAGAGGAAAUGCCGCGUUCAGUGGUGUAACGAACCUGCUAGAGUAGACUCCAACUCCAAAUAUUGUACAGAUGCCCAUGGCAAGUUGUUCAUCAAGCAGCUUUUGGUAGAUAGAGAAGCAUUGAUUCAGGAUUUGAAGCCUGAAGUCGUCAACGACAUCUUGACCCACGUAGGAGACAAUUACGUGAAGUUGAAGAAUUUGGGCUCCGAAUUUCCAGAAUUGCCCGAGGUGACCAAAUUGAAAGACACUGGUUCAAACUUGUCAGAAUUCCCCGACGACACAAGAACCGCCUUGACAAAGGUCAACGGUAAAUUAGACCUGGUGAAUGAAUCAAUAGAACAAUUGCAAAAACGGAUUGAUUACUUGGCCAAAUUGAAGGAUAAAAUCAAGCUUGCCAAUGAGAAAUUGGCGCAAACGUUAUUUCCAGAUGGAAAGAUCCCUGAUUCACUGAAAAAAUCUAAAAAGCAGACGAAGCUGAAGAAGUUAGAUAUCUGUUUGUAUGACAACUCUGUAGUAGGUUCUGAAUUGGCAAGCUCGUUUCUUUCGCAACUUCUAGAUUCACAAGACUUGUUUGUGGAGUUCCAAGAACUGGUUGGUCGCAGAUUGAAGGACGAGCUUGACGAUGCAGAAUGGUACCAAAACAAAAUAUGUAUACAAGAGAGAAGAAAGUGCAUUCGUCAUAAUGGGUGGUUGAAUUUGGUGACAGACGAGCUGGCCCGAAAGAUGUCUGAACUUCAGACUCUUUUGGAAGGUCUUGAGCUACAGAAGGAAACAAUCUUGCGCGACUACAGUACAAGAGUAUACGAGUCUAAAUGA